CGGAAAUUCCGUCGUGUCUCCUGUUUAGUGUGGAAAUAUCCAAUUAGCGCUGUGGGUUAAUUACCUGCAUGAAUAAACCAUUAACUGCGCGCCCCCGCGGAAAUGGCGCGCUCUGAUUGGACAGUCCCAACCGCACUUUAUAUAAAUACCGGCUGAGGACUGUGAGGCACGACAGGCAGCAGCAGCAACAACAACAGGAACCACAAAACAAGUCAACAUCAGACCAGACCAGAACAAUCCGUCAUCAUGACCGCGCUGCCCGGAUCCGCUCUGCUGCUGCUGCUGCUCCUCUCGCUGAGCUCCGCCGCCGCCGCCUUCCAGCUGCUGCCGGAGGAAGCUGCUCCCCGCCGGGCACGAUUCUCCUCGAACAGUCCGACUGAUGUGGCCAGAUGUUUGAACGGUGCUGUCGCUGUGGGCUGCGGCUUCUUUUCCUGUCUGGAAAACUCGACCUGCGACACUGACGGGAUGCACGAAAUCUGUGAACUUUUCCUCCACACAGCUGCUACCUUCAACACAGAGGGUAAAACAUUUGUGAAGAAAAGUCUGCACUGCAUCUCUCAGGGAAUCUCAGCCAAAGUCUUCCAAACUAUCCGCCGCUGCAACAUCUUCCAGAGGAUGAUCGCUGAGGUGCAAGAAGAAUGUUACACCAGUCUUGACAUCUGCACCGUGGCUCGUACCAACCCUGACGCCAUCGGAGAGGUGGUUCAGGUUCCGACUCACUUCCCCAACAGGUACUACAGCACUCUGCUGCAGACGCUGCAGGCCUGCGACGAGCAGACGGUGGCGGCAGUGAGGGCCGGCCUCAUCGCCAGGUUAGGCCCCGACAUGGAGACAUUCCUCCAGCUCGUCCAGAACAAACCCUGCUCCACCGGCUCCGGAUCGGCCGCCUACAACAACCCCACCAGCUGGAAGAACAUGCCCGUGUUCAACAUCCAGCCCGGCUUCAGAGGCAGAGAUCCCACUCACCUGUUCGCCAGGAAGAGAUCUGUGGACGACAAGGUGGGAGAGAUGAGAGGCGAAGAGUAGAGACGCGCGCCAUUCGUGCACCGUCACAUGCAAUCUUAAAAUAUUGUUUCCACACACAUUUACACAUCUAUGCACACUGAUACACUUACAAACAUGCAGCUUUCUCCUCAGAUUAUUUCUCAUAAUGAUUACCUGUGCAGCAAAGAGCUUUAGAUGGAGAUUUUUGGGGGUAAUAAUUACUUACAUAUAUUAAAUAUUUGGGUUGAUUUAUUGGUGAUAAAUGUGUGUAAAACACUGAUUUGUUACUGACGAGCUAAACUGAGCAACCUGUGUGACAGAUAUUUUAAAAGAGGCCUACUACAGUGAUUGAUAUUUAUUUUCUUUAACGAGUUAAUUUAUGAGGCUGUUAUAUUUAAUUUUAGAGUGAGGACAAGAGUUUGAGAGUUGUAUGCAGGUCAGAUGCUUUCAUGCUGGUCAUGGAGCUCUUUUAACACUCCUGAUGGUCUGAGGUCACUUUAUUAGUUCAGGUUGUACGUGAUGUUCAAAUGAGACGUUACCUUGAUUGUAUGAUGAUAAAUCUGAGGUGGUGACCAGAAGUCUGGAGUCCGACUUGGCUGUUUGUGUUAGAAAUAAAUGAUGACGUAUGAUUGA